AUGUCUAAGCCAAUCAUUGUUCACACUCACGGUGGCCCUAACCCAUGGAAGGUGGUAAUUGUGCUUGAGGAACUUGGCGUCCCGUAUGAAUGUCGGCUCGUGGCUGAUGUGAAGGGUGACGCUUACACUAAGAUAAACCCGAACGGACGGGCCCCGGCUAUUGAAGACCCGAACACUGGCAUCACGCUGUGGGAGUCCGGUGCUAUUCUCGAGUACCUGGCCGAUACCUAUGAUAAGGACCACAAAAUCAGCUACAGCUCGGGUCCAGAGAAGUACCACACUAAGCAGUAUCUUCAUUUCCAAAUGUCUGGCCAAGGACCGUACUUUGGUCAGACCACUUGGUUCCGUCACUUCCACCCGGAGAAGCUCGAAAGCGCCAGGAAGAGGUACGACGAGCAGCUGGUCCGAGUCGUCGGCGUCUUGGACAACAUCCUGGCAGGGAAGCAGUACCUGGUCGGUGACAAACCUACAUAUGCCGACUUCGCUUUCGUCCCUUGGGACAACGCGAUCCCUUGGAUUUUCGGCGAAGAGGCGGCGAAGCUCGUCCCUGAAGACAAGUAUCCCAACUUCUACGCGUGGCACAAGCGCCUAGUGGCUAGACCUUCAGUCCAGGCUGCCAUAGUAGAGCAGGGCAAGGCCCGGGAACAGGCUCAGAAGAAAAAAUAA